GGCUUUCCAACCUUGACUGCUGCACGGCUCGCUCUUCUCCCCGUCCGUCAAAACGUGUUCUACGCCACUUCGCCAAUGCGCUGAAGUUUUCUCUCGGCCGCGCGCGCUGUUACAUUGGCAGCCGAGCAGAGCAGAGCUGUAGUACACUGCCUCAGGAGACUCAGCUUCUCUCGUGCACAGUCACAGAGCGGCAGGGUACCACAGCCCUCUGAUCCAUCCACUCUGUCUGGUCCUCUUGCCCCCAUGAAUGCAUGAGAUGCCGGCCAGCCAGAGGUUUCUUUUCUUCCUCGUCGCCUUCCUCCUCCUGGCGGCGACGGCGUCGGCCGGAGGGGACGACCACGCCGCCGGCACGAGCGAGGCGCGUCCGCCCGACGCGGCGUUCGACGUGCGGGCGAGGAAGUGGUGGCCGCGGGUCCCGGCGACGGACGGCCUCGUCAGGGGCAGCGAGCGCCGGGUGCCCAACUCCUCCGACCCGCUCCACAACCGCUGACGUGACUACAACACCGCCACCCGAUUCUUGGCGCUCUCGCAUCGCCCCUGCUGCUUGGAUCGUGGCUGCCGAAUGUGGCGGCGCUCUGCUACUAGAUCAGAGGCCCAAGAUGCGUAUACAAAUGUAGCUCAUUUUGCUUUUUGUUGGCUCCAGUGUUUUGUAAUGAGAAAUUGAUCGGCGUUUUGCCGAGCUGUGCAUACACAUUUCACAUUUUCCUUCUUCUUAGAUGAACUAAGUGCAGUUUACAGUGAGCAAUUCGAUUGUAUUUUGUUUU